AAGAAGCAGCAGCCGGAGAAGCGGAAGUACAUAAAGAUUGUCAGUCCUUGUAUCAAUGUAAACACAGAUAUGUCGCAGUCUCCGGACACUGGAAGCCUUUUAUCAGCUUCUUCUCAGCUCAACCUGAUGGAAGUGGACUCGAUUGAUGAUAAGGAGUUUGACAUUCCCCAAGUGGAUACACCUCCCACACUGGAGAGCAUCCUUAGUCAGGUGGAGGAGGAGGAAGAUCCAUUUGUUCUGGAGGACACAUGCAUACUAAACACAGACAACAUGGAUGCUCAGUCCUGUGACACGUCUUCUCUAGCCAGCUCUGACAGUGGAGAUCCUGCGCACCUGAAACGAAAGAGGAAGCCAAUCGAUCCGAAUACCACAGUUCAUGGGUCGGUACUUCGACUCAGCUUACUGAAGGGCAUCUCUGCACAGAUUGUUGCUGCUGCUGACAAAGUGGAUGCUGGGCUACCAACAGCAAUAACCAUGUCUGGUGUGAUUGCUGUGGGAACUUCUCACGGUCUUGCCCUGAUUUUUGAUACAAACCAGGCUCUGCGACUUUGUCUGGGCAAUAAAUCAACGGGUGCAGAGUUCGGUGCUAUCUCUGCUCUUAGCAUCAACCACGACUGCUCACGUCUUCUCUGUGGUUUUGCUAAAGGACAGAUUACAAUGUGGGAUCUUGCUAAUGGAAAGCUUCUGAGGACUAUCACUGAUGCCCAUCCUCCAGGAACAGCUAUACUACAUGUAAAGUUCACAGAUGACCCAACGUUGGCAGUGUGCAACGACAGUGGAGGAUCUGUGUUUGAACUGACUUUCAGGAGGGUAAUGGGGAUGCGCUCUUGUGACUCUCGAUGCCUCUUCAGUGGUUCUAAAGGAGAGGUGUGCUGUGUUGAACCUUUACGGGCUCCUCCAGAUUUCAGAGAUCAUCCCAUAACAUGCUACUCUCUGCUGGCUAUGGCCUCCCUCACAAAGAUUUUGGUCAUUGGACUCAAGCCCACGUUGAAUGUCUGGAUGACUUUUCCUUACUCCAAGUCUGAUCCAUCCAGUGUUCCUCAGCUGGCCUGGCAGUUUGUUCCUGUUCAGAAGACCUACAACCCGAUUCUUGCCUUUUGUAAAGGAGACACGGUCCACUUCCUGCUGGUAAAAAAGGAGGAGGUGGGCACCAUCCAUGUUAUCAAGCAAAGACAACUUCACCUCAGCUGUGACAUCAUCAGCCUAAAUUGGAUCAACAGUUCUACUCUGGUUCUGGUGGACAGCCAUGAGAAGCUGCAAGUGGUGGACCGGUCCUCCCAGGUAGUUCUGGAGACUCUGGACUUGGAGCAGGUGCAGCUGGUCUAUAACAGCAGACAUUUCAAAUCACUGGCCACUGGAGGGAACGUCUCCCAGGCUCUGGCAUUAGUUGGAGAAAAGGCCUGUUAUCAGUCACUUUCCAGUUAUGCUGGUCAGAUUAUCUGUUUGGGCACCAAGUCGGCUCACGUCUUGUCACUAAGGAACUGGAAGGAGCGCAUUGACUGUUUGCUGAAACUGGAGGAUUUUGUUGAAGCUCUCACUCUGGCCUGGUCGUUUCAUGAGGGAACUGCUAAGGCUGUGGUUGGUCUUCAUGGAGAUUCACAGAAAAGGAAAGCUGCUGUCAGUGACAAGAUGGUGGAGAUUCUUCUUCAGUUUGCAGAGUGCGCUUUAAAAAAGUGUCCAGAACACGGCAAGAUCCAAGUAAUGGAGCAGCAUUUCCAGGAUGUGGUUCCAGUACUGGUGGAUUAUUGCCUGCUGCUGCAAAAGGCUGACCUGCUGUUCAACCAACUGUAUCCACGGAUGGUAGAGAACAUGAUUGCUAAGGGUGUUUUUCUGGAGUCCCUGGAGUCGUAUAUUGUCACCAACCGCCUUGGUCACCUAACCACACCCAUUAUGAAGGACCUCCUCGCCCAUUACCAUGAUAGUGGGAUGAUGGACAGCUUAGAGAGAUGCAUUGUCCAUUUAGAUGUUACCAACCUGGACAUACAACAGGUGGUUCAAGUAUGUUGGAACAAUCAGCUGUAUGAUGCAGUGAUCUACAUCUUCAACAGAGGCAUGAAUGAUUACAUUACACCAAUGGAGAAACUCUUUUCAGUGAUUGGCCCAAGGGUUAAGGAAGGGAGGAGCCUAACAGAUGAGGAUGUGGUGAUGGGGAACAAACUUCUGGUUUAUAUAAGCUGCUGUCUUGCUGGUCGGGCAUAUCCACUAGGAGACAUCCCUGAAGAUCUUGUUGUUCAAGUCAAGAAUCAGGUGUUUGAGUUCCUGGUUCGUCUCCAUUCAGGCAAUGCCUCACAUGAAGAAGUUUUCCCAUUUAUUCAAACACUCCUUCAUUUUGACACACGUGAAUUUCUCAAUGUACUUGCCAUGACAUUUGAAGACUUCCAGAAUGACAAGCAGGCUCUUGAGUACCAGCAGAGAAUAGUAGACAUCUUACUUCAGGUAAUGGUGGACAACCCAGACUUCACUCCAUCCCAAGUGGGUGGUCUCUUUACUUUUCUGGCCCGCCAACUGGCCAAGCCAAACAACACACUCUUUGUGAACAGGAACCUUUUUGAUCAGGUGCUAGAGUUCCUGUGUUGCCCAGAUGAUGAUUCUCGGCACACUGAAAGGCAACAGGUUCUGCUGGAGCUGCUGCAGGUUGGAGGUGCGGUCCAGUUUAAUGAAGAAAGGCUCUUUACAUUGGCAGAAAAGGCCAACUUCUACCAAAUCUGUGAAUUUCUUUAUGAGAAGAAACAUAUGUAUGACAGGAUUAUCGACUGCUAUUUAAGAGACCCCCUUCGAAAGUUGGAAGUCUUCAGCUACAUACACAAUCUAAUGUCCCUGCCCGGCUACACCUCUGAGGAAAAACAACAAGUGAAGAGCAAAGUUCUUCAACAUACACAGGAUCUUGUGAGCCUCGACCCCAGCAAACAAGCUGACCUCAUGGUGUGGCACUUUGCAGAUGAGCUGCGGUCAAUCAUCUCUGAGCUCAAGGAUGACCAACUGCUUUUCAGAUUCCUCAGCUGUCUUUUGGAGCCACGAGAAGGAUCUCAUUCAGGGUCCACCUUGCUUUUGGACUCUGAACUCCAUGAACUUCUGCUCGACUUGAUGUGCCAAUAUGCUCCCGAACAACUCCUGGUCUUUCUCCAGACCUCCCAACACUACAGACUAGAGGAAGCCAUACAAAUUACAAAGAAAUACCACUGUAAUGAGGCUACAGCCUACCUGCUGGAGAAGAAGGGAGAUAUUCAUGGAGCAUUUGAUGACUUGCUGCAGACCCUGAAAGAAAGGCUGUCUGCCAUCGCUGAUGAGAGUGAAGGAGGAGGAGCAGAAAGACUGAACGAAGAGGAAACAGAUAGUGAUGUAAAGCUGACGAGAGUCAAUGAUUCACUGAAUAACAUCAUUUCUUUAUGUCAUCGAAACUGUCAGAAACUUGACCAGGAACAGAGAAAAGAUCUGUGGUUUCCUCUUCUGGACACCAUGAUGGCUUCUCAGAGAGAAGUUAUGGGGCUCAGUUUUAAACACACCUCUGAAAAGCUGAAGGAGAUGACUCUGAAGGUUCUCAACUGUAUGAGCAGCUUUAUUUCUAUUCCUGCCAUUAUUCAACAAAUACUGCAGGAUCCAGUUUACGGGAAAGGGAAGCUGGCAGAGAUUCAAGGCCUCAUUCUGGGAAUGCUGGACACUUUUACCUAUGAGCAGACAUUACUGGAAACCACAACCAGUCUGCUGAACCAUGACCUCCACUGGUCCUUGGCUCAUCUCCGCUCGGCUGUCACCAGGGGGCUCCACCCACGACAAGAAUACUGCACCAUCUGCCUGCAGCACUACAAGAGGAGGCAGGACCCAGCUGAGGAGAUCAUUGUGUUCAGCUGUGGCCACCCGUAUCACCUGCAGUGCCUGCAGCAGAAGGACUGUGGGAGGGGUGCUGCUUCUGAGGCGCAGCAGCAGUGGAGAUGUCAUAAAUGUUCCUCCAGUCAUAGAGGAAGAGGCCCUUCUGCUAAAGCCAGCAGGAGCCGCAACGCAUCUCUGGCUCAGACUCGUGUUGCAUCAGGACUUGACAAAGGGGCUGAGCCUAACAAGAAAAAGGUGUUUGCUUCAACAACGUUGGACGUCCAGCAGGAGCUCUCGUGGGAUCAGUUACGAAAUUUAUACCGAGGACCAUCCAGGUUGUCCAUCCUUUCAGAGGUGUCCAGCGGUCAAAGCAGUGAAAAGAUGGGGUUUCUAAUUCCAGCCCAACCAGGACCUGCAGAGAGUUUACUCCUUAAACUCUCUCCCCCACCACUUAUUGAAGAAUGAU